UUAACGAAAUGUGUAUGUUCCUCUAAACUUUCCUGGUGGCUUAUUUUACAUUCUGUUGUUUGUUGAUAAUGUUUUUAAUUCCAUCUAUCCUGUCUUUAAACAUUUUAAAUAUAAUAAUUUUAAAUUUUUAAUCAAAUGAGCUCUGCCUCUGAAGUUUUGGGGGAUAUAUUUCUGCUGUUUAUUGUUUGUGCUGAUUUUCAUUCACAGUGUCUUACUUUAUUAUUUGUUUUGUAAUGUUUAAGUUUUGGACUUCUGUUUGGCUCAUCUUCAUCUGUGGGGAAUGUGAGGGAACUGGGAUCUCCAAAAGACAUUUGCUCAGUUUCUAAUUUCAGAGUGUAUUGAAUAAAUAUUUUGAGUAAUCUUUUUCACUGGAAAUUUCUUUUUACUCCAGUCCUCCUGUGAAUAUCCUGUUGUUUUGAUUACUCUUCAAUGCCACUCUCCUUAGAAGAUGUACCUCAUUCCGUGUGCAUUUCGAUAUGUGGAAGUGUGUUGGGAGGUGGGGUCCCAAAGUAUUCAUUCAUUCUUCCUUCGUUUCAUUCAUUAUGCAAGCAGUCUCCUAAGUAGGCACUCUGAGUGAUAAACUCCAUGAGACGUAGUUUCUAUCCUCAAAAAAUACCGCCUUUGGUAGGGAUAAAGUAAAUAGACCUUAAUAUAGCUCUUGGACGAGCAGCCCUUGAAUAAGUGGUCAAAUAAAUUUGUUGCAAAUAAAUACUUUCAGUCAUUGUGUUUUAAGAAUUAUCAUUUGUAUGCAUUGAGGAGAACUUCUACAGCUAUUUGUCUUCAGAAAGGUUUCUUCUUUGUAUUUCGAAGAAUUUUGGCCUUAAAAUUUCCAGCUUAUUUUCAGGCAUUCAUAUCCAUUCUACUUAAUUGGCAUUAUAGUCAUCAAUUGUUGUCUCUUCCAACUCUGAGGGAAUUGUCAUAAAGGGAAUUGUUCAGAAAUAUGUGUUUCCAAGCACUUGUUCACAUAAUUGUCUGGAUCACAUCUAUCUGUUCUCUCAACGGCUUUCUUUAGUCGCACCUAAAUGUUCCAAGACAAGGGUUGGGUCAUUGUUUGUAUCUCUAGUGCUAUUGCUUUUGACACAUAGUCAAGGCUUCUCAACAGAAGCGUAUCCAAUCGGAAUUUUUUCUCACCCUCGAAGAGCCAAUUCCUUCACUAACGCAGACAAAAGGGGCGGGGGCCUCAGGCGCUGAGGAUUCUGGGCACUGUAGUUCCGACGCUCCGGCUGCGCAGGCGCAAUGCCCUGCCUGGAGGCCGGCCCCGCCGAGCCGCCGCCAUUGCUGGAAGCGUUCCCGCCCUGCUCUGCGAGUGCCCUCAGUUGUCCUCAGUUCGGCCGCCAGGUAUGUCUUUGCAAGACUCCACUCUUUCCAGAGAGGGGAAACCAGAGGGAGAGAUUAUGGCUGCUGUGUUUUUCUCAGUUGGACGCCUGAGCCCUGAAGUUACCCAGCCAGAUGAAGAUCUUCACCUUCAGGCAGAAGAAACACAAUUGGUAAAGGAAUCGGUGACAUUUAAGGAUGUGGCUAUAGACUUCACAUUGGAGGAAUGGAGGUUGAUGGACCCUACACAGAGGAACCUGCACAAGGAUGUGAUGCUAGAGAAUUACAGGAAUCUGGUCUCCCUGGGGCUUGCAGUUUCCAAACCAGACAUGAUAUCUCAUUUGGAGAAUGGGAAAGGACCAUGGGUGACGGUGAGAGAAAUUUCAAGAAUUCCCUAUCCUGACAUGGAGCCCAAACCUGCAACCAAGAAUGCUACACGAACAAAGGCUGUUUCUGAAGAUUUAUCACAGGAGGCCAUACUAGAGAAACUUACAGAGAAUGGUCUGUGGGAUUCCAGAAUGGAAGGGUUAUGGAAAUGGAAUGAUAGGAUAUUGAGAUUAGAAAAUAAUCAGAAUCAUUUGAGUCAAAGAAUAAUUCCACUCAAGAAGACUCCCACUAGUCAAAGAGGCUUUAGGUUUGAAUCUAUUCUUAUUCCAGAACCAGGCAUUGCCACAGAAGAGCUUCACAGCAGAUGCCAAACACAAGAGGAAAAUUUCACAGAGAAUUUAAAUUUGAUUACAGAUACCCAUUUGGGGAAGAUUAUUUGCAAGGAGAUGAAAGGCAGCAAAGCCAUAAGGCAGACUUCAGAACUUACUUUGGGGAAAAAAUCCAGUAAUAAGGAAAAACCCUACAAAUGUAGUAUAUGCGAAAAGGCCUUUCGUUAUAGAUCAUUGCUCAUUCAACAUCAAAGAACUCAUACUAAAGAAAAACCUUACGAAUGUAAUGAAUGUGGGAAAACAUUCAGCCAGCCUUCAUAUCUCAGUCAGCACAAAAAAAUCCACACUGGAGAAAAACCCUAUAAAUGUAAUGAAUGUGGAAAGGCCUUCAUUGCUUCUUCAUCACUUAUGGUACAUCAGAGAAUUCACACUAAAGAGAAACCUUAUCAGUGUAAUGUGUGUGGGAAAUCUUUUAGCCAGUGUGCCCGUCUUAAUCAACACCAGAGAAUUCAAACUGGAGAGAAACCCUAUAAAUGUAGUGAAUGUGGGAAAGCUUUUAGUGAUAAAUCAAAACUUGCAAGACAUCAGGAAACUCACAAUGGUGAGAAACCCUACAAAUGUGAUGAUUGUGGGAAAGCCUUUAGGAACAAGUCAUAUCUUAGUGUACAUCAGAAGACCCACACUGAAGAGAAACCAUAUCAGUGCAACGAGUGUGGGAAGUCUUUUAAGAAUACCACAAUUUUUAAUGUGCAUCAGAGGAUUCAUACUGGAGAGAAACCUUUUAGAUGUAAUGAAUGUGGAAAAGCCUAUAGAAGUAAUUCAAGCCUUAUCGUACAUAUAAGAACUCACACUGGGGAAAAACCCUAUGAAUGUAAUGAAUGUGGGAAAGCAUUCAACCGCAUCGCAAAUUUCACAGAACAUCAGCGAAUUCACACAGGAGAAAAACCCUAUAAAUGUAAUGAAUGUGGGAAAGCAUUCAUUAAUUAUUCAUGCCUUACUGUACACCACAGAAUGCAUACAGGAGAGAAACCUUAUAAAUGUACUGAAUGUGGAAAGGCCUUCAUGCGUUCUUCUUCUCUAAUUAUACAUCAGCGUAUUCAUACUGAAGAGAAACCUUAUCUGUGCAAUGAAUGUGGGGAGUCUUUCAGAAUAAAAUCACACUUAACUGUACAUCAGAGAAUUCACACUGGAGAGAAACCAUAUAAAUGUACUGACUGCGAGAGGGCAUUCACCAAAAUGGUAAAUCUCAAGGAGCAUCAGAAAAUUCAUACUGGAGUGAAACCCUAUAAAUGUUAUGACUGUGGAAAGUCCUUUAGGACUAAAUCAUACCUUAUUGUACAUCAAAGGACCCAUACUGGAGAAAAACCAUAUAAAUGUAAUGAAUGUGAGAAAGCCUUCACUAAUACAUCACAGCUUACCGUGCACCAACGAAGGCAUACUGGAGAGAAGCCCUAUAAAUGCAAUGAAUGUGGAAAGGUUUUCACAAGUAACUCAGGCUUUAAUACACAUCAAAGAACACAUACUGGAGAGAAACCAUUUAAAUGUAAUGACUGUGGGAAAGCAUUUAGCCAGAUGGUACAUGUCACAGAACAUCAGAAAAUCCAUAGUGGAGAGAAGCCCUAUAAGUGUGAUGUCUGUGGAAAAGCCUUCAGGAGGGGUUCUUACCUUACAGUGCAUUGGAGAACACACACUGGAGAAAAACCCUACACCUGUAAGGAAUGUGGAAAGGGUUGUAUUACUUUAUCACAGCUAACCCUACAUCAGAGAAUUCAUACUGGGGAGAGGCCCUAUAAAUGUGAAGAAUGUGGAAAAGCCUUCAGAACUAACUCAGACUUUACUGUACACUUGAGGAUGCAUACUGGAGAAAAGCCCUAUAAAUGUAAUGAAUGUGGAAAAGCCUUCAGGAGUAGUUCAAGCCUUACUGUACAUCAAAGAAUACAUCAGAGAGAAACUCAGUUAACAUAAAGAACAAUAAGUCAUUCACCUAGAUGUCAACUCCACAAGAUGAAUCUUAUAAACUAUAUUUUAUGAAUAUAGGAAAAUCUUCAUUAGGAAUUCGUCAGAAAGUAUACAGAGAAACUAUAAACAAUUAUGUGGGAAAUCAUUUAAUAAUAUUAAAUAUUAGAAGUUAUAAGGAAACUCUCACUAGAGGAAAAUAAUGAACAAAUGAAAGCAUUCAUCCAGAUUUCAUACUUUACUCAUUUAAAAAAUUAUCUUUAGUUAAUUGCCUAUAUAUGUAUUUGUCUAUUUUUCUAUUUAUUUAUCUGUCUUUUCUUAUAAACCUGGAGGUGCUUUUUAUAUAUUUUAGAUAUUAAUCCUUUGUCAUUAUGUAGCAGAUGUUUUUCUUAAUCUAGCAUUUGUCUUUAUACUUUAUAGUAAUGCACAACAUUUUUAUAGGAAAAUAUUUAUAUCAUUUCCUUUUUAGAUUUUUUAUUUACUCAUUUUACUUAAAAGAGAUCUCCUUAAUCCCUAGGUUAUACAUAGUAUCCUAAAUUUGUUUUUAAGAUUUUUAUGAUUUUAUUUUUUACACUUAAGUCUUUAAUCCCUCUGGACUGGAUGGUUCUUCAUAGGAGAGCAACUGUAGGUGAUCAUUAUCCUGUGAAAAUAUUUUGAACCUAAAAAGCACUCAGGGAAAUGCAAAUUGAAAUGCUCAGUGAGAUGAAACUUCCCCUUCAUGAAUUUGGCAAAAAUUAAGAGAUCUUUUGCUAGCUAUUGGGGUUUGGGAAACCAUGUACUGUUACUUAAAGGUUGUAUAACAUACCUCCACCAGCAGUCCAACAAUAUAUGUUUAAAAUUUUAAACAUAUAUACUCUUAGACCCAGCAGUCUCACUUUUGGAAUCUGUCCCAUAGAAAUAAAAGCAGCAUCAAUGCAUAAGAAUAUAAAUAAACGUGUUUGUUGAAGUAUUGUUUGUAGAGGGGGGCAAAGCCCCAACUGCAAACAAAGUGAAUGCCCAUUAAUAGGGAAGUGGUUAGAUAAAUUGUGAUAUACCCAUAUUAUGGAACAGUGUGAGAGUAAUUUUAAAAAUGACUUAUAUCUAUACUAGCUGAUUUCAAUGUAUUUCCACAAUGUAUUGAUAAAUAAUUGCUUUAUAACAAAUGUAUAUAUACAAUAUAUCAUUUUUGUUAAAAUAAUCACACCCAUUUAUUUUGUAUUUAUGUGUGUGUGUGUGUGGUUAGAUGCACAUGGAGACAGGUAUGGAAGAAUAUACACAAGGCUGUUAAUAUUGAUUACCUUGAGGGGAGUGAGAAAAGGAGAAGUAGAGGUAAGGGAAGGGGAGACUGUAAAAACAGAAAAAUGUAAAUGCUGCCUUUAUGGUAUAAAACUGUAAAUGUAAUAUUAUGUAUUUAUGUGAACUUCUGAGAGAGAUGAAAGGAUGGUCUCCAAAAAAUUAAUGAUGGUUAUUUCUGUUUUAGUGGAGUAUCGAUUUUUUGUUUUUUACUUUCUUUUCUGUUUUUAAUUUUUUCUUUGCAAUGAACCUGUAAUAUUUACAUAAAAAGGAAAAA